AUAAGAAUUAAGACAAAAAAAUAUUCUCCAUGGAAAUAUUAUUUUAGUGCUCAUUCCCAAAAUCCUCACCCAAAGCAAUGUUAGUUAGUGAUAGUUUCCGGUUAACUUGAAGAUUUUUUAGCUCAAUUCUACCCCUAUCAUGGGCGCUUCAGAGUCUACUUUCCCCACCGUACAGACGCCGGAUGACCAAAUCACCACCGUAACAGCACCGUUGGAAGCCUCUGAUCCCAUUUUAGAGCGCCUUAAAUCCCUCAAAAUUACGCCGCCGGUGUUGACGUCGCCUCCAACGGAGGGUACUUUAACUGAUAUUUUAGUGAGGCGGCCUUCGUCGUCCCUGGGUACGGCUACAGUGAAUCCCAAGGUUUUACUUGAGCUCUUCUCAAUGUACCGUGAUUGGCAGGAAGAAAGGGUCCAAGAGAUAAGCAAAAACCAGGAGGAGAUAGAAAACAAAAUAGAAGUUGCUGAUGCUUUGGCAAUCAAACUUCUUCAGCGAUAUAAUCACUCAACGUCCACAAUGAAGACUGCUUCACAGCAUCUCUCGGGAGUUCAUUCAUUGCAGGUAGAGAUUGGAAGGCUCAAAGGAAGGUUGACCGAAGUUAUCAGUAACUGUGAUGCUUUGUGCAAGAGGAUUACCGCAGAGGGCCCAGAACCCCUUCGGUCAUCUAUGAAACCUUUUGCAAUUGCUAAGGCUGAUCAAGAAAUUUGCUCAAGUUCAACUAACUUGCAAACCUUAACAAAAACAAGGCCACCUUCUGCAGAAUAGUAGUUGGACUAACAGGUUUGAUUAUUGCUCAUAUUUUCAGAAGGUUCUUGCAUUUUAGUGGAGCUUGAGAGCUUGAAGAGCUUUUGCAUCACAGUCACGUGAUUGAGUAAUUUUGUAUGGACCAUGCCUUGGAUGGAGGGAACAAAGCUUUUCAUUAAUUGAGAUCUAACUCAUGGCAACCUUAGAGCAAUAGGGCCAUGUUACAUUGCCUCUAUAUUAGGGAGCUUUGGAUCCCAUCACCGACACUCAAAGUUUGGGCUUGCUAAUUGGAUGCCAAAAAUUGAAAGUAGGUCACAAUAAGUGAUCAGAUGUGAAGCUAUUUUUCAUUUUAUUUAGUCAUUUUUUAAGUUUGUGAUUUUGGGAUGACCCCACUAUAGUUUAAGGCAUCUCAGUUAGAGAGUGAAUAAGGCCAAUUACAUUAUAAAAUGUGCACAUAACCAUGUAAUUGUUCAACAUUUUGCUUUUGUCCUCAACAGUGCUAUUUUAACAUUCAAA